CUGGAGCUCCGCUGCACACCCAACCAGGACCCACGGCUGAAAAAAACACUACUGAAACUGCCUCGAUUUGAAAAAUUUCACCUUACUGAGGAUUAAAUCAGCCAAAAUGGGGAACGUACCAUCAGAACACAGCAUGGGCAACAGCCUGAGAUGUUGCAUUUGUUCUAGAGUUCUACCUCCAUGCCGCAGCUUCAAUGAUUAUUCCCGAGCGACUGUUCAUGGUCAGGAGGUUUACGUGUUCAAUGGAGGUGAAUACUUCAGACAUGUUGGCCACAAUAGUAUCUACAAGUGUGAAUACUGCUUUCACAAGGAAGUCAGGGAUCGAGAGGAAAUGAGAAGAGAAGAGGAGAGGAGAAGAGAAGAAGACCAAAGGAGGAGAGAAGAAGAAAUGAGAAGAGAAGAAGAGCAAAGGAGGAGAGAGGAGGAAAUGAUAAGACAAGAGGAGCAAAGGAGGAGACAAGAGGAGCAAAGGACGAGACAAGAGCAAAUGAGAAGAGAAGAGGAGCAAAGGAGGAGAGAAGAGCAAAUGAGAAGACAAGAGGAGCAAAGGAGGAGACAAGAGGAGCAAAGGACGAGACAAGAGCAAAUGAGAAGAGAAGAGGAGCAAAGGAGGAGACAAGAGGAGCAAAAGAGAAGAGAAGAGCAAAUGAGAAGACAAGAGGAGCAAAGGAAAAGACAAGAGGAGCAAAGGAGGAGACAAGAGGAGCAAAAGAGGAGAGAAGAGGAAAUGAGAAAACAAGAGGAGCAAAGGAGAAGACAAGAGGAGCAAAGGAGAAGACAAGAGGAGCAAAUGAGAAGACAAGAGGAGCAAAGGAGAAGAGAAGAGCAAAUGAGAAAACAAGAGGAGCAAAGGAGGAGACAAGAGGAACAAAAGAGGAGAGAAGAGGAAAUGAGAAGACAAGAGGAGCAAAGGAGAAGACAAGAGGAGCAAAAGAGAAGACAAGCGGAGCAAAGGAGGAGAGAAGAGGAAAUGAGAAGAGAAGAGGAGCAAAAGAGGAGACAAGAGGAGCAAAGGAGAAGACAAGAGGAGCAAAUGAGAAGAGAAGAGGAAAGGAGAAGACAAGAGGAGCAAAUGAGAAGACAAGAGGAGCAAAGGAGGAGAGAAGAGGAAAUGAGAAGACAAGAGGAGCAAAAGAGGAGAGAAGAGGAAAUGAGAAGAGAAGAGGAGAGGAAAAGAGAAGAAGAGCAUAGGAGGAGAGAAGAGGAAAUGAGAAGAGAAGAGGAAAUGAGAAGACAAGAGGAGCAAAAGAGGAGAAAAGAGGAAAUGAGAAGAGAAGAGGAAAGAAAAAGAGAAGAGCUUAAUCAAAGAUUACAAAAAUCAAGGAACCAAGCUGAAAAGCAGCACGAAAAACAUAUUACAGACACCAUUUUACAGGAGUCGAAGAAAAAAGUUCUGAAAGGACAUUUGGAUGAAUUUGAGGCCGAGUCAGAUAAGAGCAGUGAUGAUUUUCUAGCAAUCCUCUCUUUGAAAUGUGACAUUGAGGUUUCAGAUCUGAGUCUCCCUGAACUGACAGCUGAUCAGCUGGGAAAGAUCCUUCCAGCUCUGGACAAACUGCUCUUCAGUGAAUGGAUUAUUGAUCCACCGUCUCUCAGCACUCUGCAGCACACCCAGGUCUACGUCACCGAGCUGAGCGCUCUGUCUCUGGAAACUUCUCAGGGAGUUGUCCUACAAGUCAUCUCUGACCACGUGCACUUCCUGGUGGGGUCUAUUGACAAAUCAGCAUCCAAUUAUUCUGAAAGUUUGACACUGACUCAAGCCCUAUAUCUCACCUUGAUACACUUCUUGGAUGAGACUGGGGAGUGUAAUGCUGAUGCCGUCCUCAUCGCUAAACAAUGGAUGGGAGACGAGCUCUCCACUGAGAAGAUCUUUGUUGUUGAGUUCCUGAGCGUCCUCACAUCGUCACUGCAGACGGCAGUUGAACGGAGCUCUGUGUUUAUUACAAAGAUGGAAGUAGAAUGCUUGAAACUUCUUUUAUCAGAGCUCACAGAUUCAAUCCCAACGCACUCUGAAACCACAAAAAUGAUCCUAACACUUGUAGAAAAAAACCAAUGGUCUCCAACUGAAGCACUUAAUCUGCUCAAAGAACUGUCACAGAAAUGUGCACAAGGCGAUUCAGUGGUUAAAGUCUUGACAUUGAUACAAGUGAAUGACGUAUCUCCAGACUGGACGGAUGAACACGGGCACUCUCUCACACGGGUCCUUGGUAAUAUGGACAUCCAGGAUUUCCAAAAGAUUCUCAGAAGGAAAGAUGAGCACAGUCUACUUUCAGCUGUGGCAGAGUUAAAAAUGUCACAGAAUUUGGAUGAUGAUGAAAUUAGUUUCAUUAAGAACAUCACCACUGGUGUUGUAAAACAUUUAGAAAAUGUACCAACAAAUUCUCCAUCUUCAAGAUAUUCCUUACAAGAUGGAGCCUUGAAUGAAGAUAACGUACAGAACUGUCUCUCUCUUCUCUGUAAAGCAGUUUUUGACACAAAAGGCUGGUGGCCUACAGUGAAACACAUGGUGCACUGGUGUGUACUAGUGAUAAAAAAGAAGACUGGAGCACCACAACUGGUUGGAAGAGAAGAAGACCCAUGUGUCAUAGCAAUGUUUGCAGCCGCGUGUGUCUACAUGGGAAACAAACUGGACAUUGUUCUGAGCUCUGUUGAUCACUCAAAAGAGCAAUCUGAGGAGUGGUCGGCCUUCUACAACAACCUUGGAAUUUCUCUAAACACAAACAUGAAGACAGACACAUCACUCAGAGAUGUCUAUGGAGCAGACAUUGUGUAUGGUGUACUGGAUGACUUCGUUUCUGAUUACUUUCAGCAUGGCAAAGACGUAAUGGAAAAUAGACAUCCUCAGCUAAUUCGAGGUUUCAUCAUCGAUGCAAAAAGCUUAAGUUCUUUGGAAAAACUGGAUCUGUCAAAGCUCAAACAGAAUGAAUCUGAAGUUGUUACUGCAGAAGUAAUGGAGACUCUCGUACACAAGUUCCAAAGUGAAGAAAUGGGAUUGAAAUGCAGAUUUAUCAAGGGUCUUUUUCAGGGUCUCCACACAAAUCUAAUCGAUACAAACACCAAGAGUGAGUUCAUCCAAGUCUUUAAUAAAAUUACUGGAAAGCCAUUGCUUUCCAAUCAGAUCUUCGUUUUGACCAUUGUUGAAAAUCUCCUCAAAGUGCUUACAAAUGAAUCAGUAGAUGGGAAAAUCAUGACAUCUGCUGCAAAUCGAUGGUGUUUGGAUGUCUUGUUCCCCUGUGCAGAGCAAUUCCAAGGCUCAAAGGAAGAAGCAAAAGCAGUCUUUCAAAUGGCUUCCACUCUUGGCGUUCCAUCACUUUGGCCACCAACAGAGAUCUUGAGCCUCCUUGGAGCAUUAGCUCACCACCAUCACGAUGAAGACUGCAUUUCCAUCAUGAAAGUUUUACAUCUGAUGUCAACAUACCAGGUUUCAUCCAAGUGGACAGACGAGAGAAACAGAUCUCUCCUCGAGCUCAUAGAUUCACAUACAACUGAGAAUCUCAUUCAACAUUUAGAAAAGAGCUUUGCAGAUGAAAAAUGCAAAAGUGUUGACAUGCUUUUUAAUGAAAUACGUCAGAUGAAAGACAUAGAUGAACAGACUCUGAGUAAAUCUGAGACUGUAGUAAAUUAUGUAACAAACCUCAUCAAAAGUGGUGAUAUGGACAAACACAAAGAUGUACAGCGAGCAAAGUCUCUGGGUCACAGUCUGGAAACAGAAGACCUUCAAGAAGUCCUGGCAGUUUUAUGCAAUGCUGUUCACCUACACAAGGCUAAGGGGAAAUGGUGGCCUAGGGCUACCCAGAUGAUGAGCUGGUGCCUCUUGGCCUUAUCUGAUAAUGGGAAACUCUUGGAAAUGGGAACUGGAGAAGGAAAGUCUUGUGUCAUAGCCAUGUUUGCAGUGCUGCGUGUGCUGAGAGGUGAAAAAGUAGAUGUGGUUUCCAGCUCUUCAGUCUUAUGUCAAAGAGAUGCAGGAGAAUGGAGUAAUUUCUACAACUACUUUAACAUUACUGUUGACACAAACACAAACAAGACAGAAGAUGAGGAUCGAAAAGAAUGCUACCAGAAGGAUGUGGUCUAUGGAACCAUUGAUGCCUUCGCCGCAGAUCACCUUCGCCAGAUAUUUGAGAUGAAGGAUGUGAGACCUGAUCGCAGCUAUCAGUGCGUUAUAAUUGAUGAAGUGGAUUCCCUUCUGCUGGAUCAGGGAGUGCAGCUGACCUACCUGUCCAGCCCCAUGGUCUCCAUGGAACACCUGAACACCAUCCUCGCCAUGAUCUGGGGCCACGUUUCUCAGUACGGCUUUCUGUCCUCAGGACAUAGGACAUUUGUCCAGGGUCCUCCAGCCUCAUUCUUCAAGGCCGUCUUUGACUCAAUCAACACAGAAGAAACUGGAAUCGAUGACCCAAUGGACAUUUUAAAUAUUGCUGAACAAACCCAAACUGUGCCAAUGGGGUUUACAGAGGCGAUCUUCAAAAGUGAGAAGAACCUUCCUGACCAACUCAAAACUGUGAGUCAGGAUGCCAUGGUUGAAUUUUUUGAAGAAUUGGAGGACUAUAUCCCUUAUGGGUUUACCAUUUACACUCCAGACGAUAAGGGAUUGCUCUGUCUCAGAAAGGUUAGCCCGUACAACAAACACCAAAUCCCAGAGCUGACGUUUCUUGUCUUGGAGGAAGGCUUGUGUUGUCCUCUCUAUGACUCAGAAGAAAGUCUUAUCAGGCCAAUUGCAGACUUUAUCACAGAGAAGAUUCAGUACACCCCGUGUACAAACAACAAAUACAAAAUCAGCAUCCCCGGAUUCUUGAAAAGUCUGAUUGAAAGCAAAGUGUCCGUGUGGGUUCAGAAUGGCUUUCUGGCGAUGCAGCUGAGGGAAGGACGGGACUAUGUUGUUGAAAACAACAAUGUCUGUCCUGUGGACUUCAGAUCCACUGGUAUUGUAGAACUGAAUAAGAAAUGGGGCGAUGGCCUGCAACAGUUUGUUGAGAUUAAACACCAAAUCAAAUUGAGCACAAUUUCAACAGUUACAAACUAUAUUUCUAACAUCUCCCUUUUUAAGAAGUACCAGGGAAAGAUAUAUGGAACAACAGGAACACUUGGCGGCAAAACAGAUAUUCUGUUUUUGCAGGACUUAUAUCCAAACCUGUCUGCCUGCAAAAUGCCAACUUUCAACAGGAAGUUGUUGUUUGAGGUCAAAGGUACACUGAAGAAAUCUGAAGAGUGGAAAUCUGAAAUAAAACAUACAGUCAUGGCUCAGAUCUCGCCAAAUUCAUACAGGGGUGGAAGAGCAGCCCUGGUAAUCUGUGAAACCAUCAACAAAGCCAACGAGAUCUACGAAGACCUGAAAAGCAAUGUCCCAGGUGAAAUAAUUCUCUACUGCCGCAGUGACAAAGACAGUUUGAGCAAAAUGGAAAAGGAACUUUUUCCUGGAGACGUCAUUGUUGCCACAAACCUGGCUGGGCGUGGCACAGACAUUAAAGUGUCCAAACAGGUGAACAAUAACGGGGGACUCUUUGUGAUUCUCUCCUUCCUUUCAGAGAACCAAAGAGUGGAACUUCAGGCUUUUGGUCGAACAGCACGGAAAGGCAAACCUGGAUCUGCACAGAUUAUCACGUUCACUGAAAAUCUUCAGGUGACAUCUCUAGAAGAAGUGAAGAGAAACAGGGACAAAUGUGCAGUGGAAAAGAUAAAUAGCAUGAUGGAUGAUGUCACAGAGAUGAAUCUGAGAGAGGAACUGUUUUCAGAGUACUGUGAAACACUUCAACAGAUUUACAGAGACACAGCUGGAGAUGAAAAAAGAGCUGUUGUGGCUGUCAUGAAUGAGUUCUGGGGCAUCUGGCUGCAAAUUCAUUCAGAAGACAUUGAACAGUUGAAGAGAGAUGAACUGCAACUGAGACUAAAAGAUGAUUUGUCAAAGGCAAAAAGUCAGUCUGAAAAUCAGACUUCACCUUCUUCUAGCAUUUAUCACUACAUCAAGUUUGGAAAUAUAGCACUAGAUAAAAAACAAUGGGACGUCAGCACCAAGCUCUUUGAAAAAGCCAUGAAUCAAGAUGAAAGCUGGGCAUCCAUUGCUUUUUACAAUCAUGCAUACUGCACAAUAAUGCAGAGGAAUCCAGAUUAUCUCACUAAUGCAAUAACAGAUUUGAGAAAAGCACAAGAUUCUCUAGAAUAUCUCACUGAAGAAAGCUUGAUCUGUUUGCAGUUUGUGAAAAUGGCUACUGCAACCUCAACCAACAAUGACCCAACCAGCCUUGAAAAGCAAUUCACAGCCAAGUGCAACAUGUACAAGUCAUUUGAUGAGAAUAUCACUGAGGCCAUCAAAAAGCUGGAGGAAAUUCGUGACAAGGAAAAGGAUGCAUUGGCCAAAAAAUCGCCAGUCUUCUCCCUGGUUUCAAGUGCUGAUGAAGAACUCCAAGCUGAAGCUUACAACCUCUACAAUAAAGGUAUGAAAUAUAUAUUUGCUGUCGAAGAAGAGCCCACAUUAUGGGGUGCUCUGGUGGUGCUCUUUCUUGGAAUUCUUCAGAUUGUUGCUGGAGUAUUGCUCACAGUGUUUACAUUUGGUACUCUGGCUAAGGUUGGCAUGGGACUCAUCACUGAAGGCAUAUCAGACUGUAUCUACGGUAUAGAGGCCCUUGUGACAGGAGAGUUCAGCUGGAAGUCAUGGGCUAUAGAGAAAGCCAUUUCAAUCGGUAUAUCACUUAUUUCCUUUGGAGUUGGUAAGUUGAUAAAGUUGGUAAAACAGGGCUUCAAAGCUUUCAAAAUGGCACUAAAAGGUUUAGGGAAAAAGCUGAAGGCUUUGCCAAAGUUUCUCUCCAAGCAGGCUAAAGCAAGCUUCAGUCAGGUCACAAAAACAAGCAUGAAGAAUGCAAUAAAAAGCAGUUCGAAACUAAUUGUGAAGGAAGUCAUUUUUAAAGGACUUGAGAAGGCACAAGACGCACUACUGAAGGAAAUACUUGAAAGAAUCAAAGCAGAUUUGUCAAAGAGAAUUGUUGAACAAGUGAAAACCAACAUAGACAACAACCCCUUGAACACAUUGGUAGACUCUAUUAUCCUCUCACACCUCGAACAUAAGGAACAACUCAACGAUCUAUUGAAGGACAAGGACAGAAGGAGUGACCUGCUGUUUAUUUUCAAACGAUACAGCAAAACUGCUCUACAACCAUUUAAGGCUGACCUGGACUGGCAGAACAAGCUCAACUCAUCCAUAAUCAAAAUAAUGGACGCAGCUAGAGCUCAUACUACAGGAAAAGCACAUACAAUUCUAACCAUCAUCAAAACUGUCCACUACGGGAUCCUGGCAGCAGAUGCCACUGCUGCAGUACUCACUCUGUCCGACAAGUUUUUCUUAAAACUUAAGGAGGAGCUGAAUUCUUUUAAAAAAGAACGCUCUAUGACAGAGAAAGUUGAGAUAAAUGACCUGUCAUCUUCAGAACUUGAGAUGCUGAAAGAAUUCAAGCAGGAGUUGGCCGGCACCGUCAGUGAAUUACUGGCUGAUGCUUUAGUGGAAGUGUCCCAUCAGAAGUUCUUCAGUCACAUUGUUUCUUCUGUUCAAGGUAAAGUGAAUGACGCCAUAAGGGAAAAAGCAGAAUCUGGCUUUAACAAAGUAAAGGAUAAAUUCAGAGAUCACCAGAAACAAAAAGCAGCAAAAGCAAGUAAACUCUCAAGAUCACAUGCAGAGAAAGUCAAGAAUCCUAAAACAAGCGGGACAAUUCUUGAUGUCCAAUUCCUGUCAGAGGUCACUGGAACUAAAGCUGUCAUACUAACACAGGAUAGACGUGGCAAACUUACUAAAAUGCAAGUGGUGAACCCGACCAAUAAACCUGCCAGUCAAACUGUCACACUGAUCUACACACCAAAGAGUGCCCAAUAUCCCGAUGGCCGUUAUGAUGCGUUAAUCAAUAACACGCUCAUAUUCAUAUGCGGCAAGACCUCACUCUUUCAUGCUUUUGCACAAGGCAUUAAACCAAACGCUGGUCAACAUGAGGUCACAUUGGAAGCGAACCGGCUCAGGUCCAUGGAGGCUGCUGCUCUGCUCAGAAACCCCAGCCAAUGGGAGGGUUUAAUCAAGCGCUCAGAGUGGACUCAAAGAGUCAGAGGUGGAAACUGGUACAUGGCAGAGGGAGCUGAACCAAACAGGAUCAUCAAACACAGCAAAACAGUAACCAUACCAGGGGUUUGGAAAGAGAGACAAUACAAGGAAUGGCAAAAACAUGCAACUCAAAAUCCAGAAAUUGGAAAAAUCCUGAAUACGGACCGUCAGCCACCAGUCCGUAGUAUGCUGGAAGCUAAAAACAUGAACCUGAGUGGCAAACUAGCACAGUCUAUGCUUAAAGAGAGAGCAAAGUCUUCUCCUCUGGAUCCCAACAUGAUAACGGAUGUGCAGAAAUAUCGUGGCCAUGAAUUUCCAGCUGUUUAUGGGCCUAAAAAGGCACACAGUCCGUUUGCAGAUUCAAAAUAUGAAGACUUUAGAUCAAACUUGGCUAGGACCAUGAGUAAAGAUGAUGUUGAGGGAACAUUCAAACUGACAAUCCUCGGUGCGAUGAUGAGACAGCUGGACGGCGGCAGCAGCUCCAACAUCCUGCAGAUGAAGAGGAAGAAUACGAGCAGGCUGGCCAUGUUUGAUCACAGUUUUCAGGAACAAAGUCUGAAGUUGGUGGACGGAUGGUUUAGCCGGCUUCAGGGGUCAGGGGUCAUGACGGUCGACCAUCACAUCACCAUGACGACCUGGAUCAAAAGAAAGGGCUACAGGGACCAAAAUGAUCCACACACGGUCCAAAUCACCAACUUCCUGCAGUGAAAAGUUGUGACCAUGUGAGGAGAAACAACCGCAGGGUCGUGGACCUUCCUGGCGGUCGUAACGAGGCCUCUCUGGAUUGGUGUCCAAAACACUUCAUUUUCUAUCUGUUUUCGAUUGAAAUUAAUUUUAAGUUUUACUUACUGUUGAUGGGCUCAUUGCAGUAAACUAAAGUCAAAAGUUAAAGACCAGCAGCAAGUACUUUUUCCAAAACAGAAGUAGACACAACCAGUUUUUAGAAACCACUUUGCCCUGUGGGUCGCAUUAAUAAUCACACACAUUUUAUGUGGAAAUAGACACCUUACUGUAGAUAAUGUUACCACAUCGUCGGUAAAGUAAAUCAUCAUCAUUCAUUAUGAUUAAAGAAAUCUUACCACAUGUUGAUGCAAUUUUAUGGAAGCUUUGAAUUAAAACUUAUUUUUGGAUGCUUGUACAUGAAUCCUGACCAGACGCUCAAAAGGAAAAACUGGUGUUUUUUUAAUGAUGAUCUAAAUGACAUAGUUAGUGAUCCAGUACCAGUUUUCUAGUUUGUGUGAAUAAGAAUAAUAAUUUUUAAAGUCACAGUAUUUGAUAUUGAUAGAAUCAUAUAAGAGAAUGUUUCAGUUCAGUGUUGGACUCUGAUAUGAGCUCCUACUCAUGCUGGCACUGAGGAAUUAUUGUAAUUGGGGUUGUGUUCUCUCAGCUUUUUUUUUUGUCAUAGUAACAAAUUGCUAUAGCGUGGUAGAAAAUCAAUCGUUUCAAGAACUUCUCAUCGCAUUAGAAAUAGACAUUUUACUUACCUGUAAUGUUUAAAGCCAUAUUAUGUAGAAAUAACACACUGACAUCAUGUAACAAUAAAGUUUAUGUCAGCUGCAUCACCAACAACAAAGUGCACUUAUUGUGGGACAAGUGAUAUUACAAGAUGUGGCAGAUCGGCCUCAUUCAUUAUCAUUAUUAUUAUUAUUAUUAUUAUUAUUAUUAUUAUUAUUAUUAUUAUUAUUAUUAUUAUUAUUAUUAUUAUUAUUAUUAUUAUUAUUAUUAUUAUCAUUAUUAUCAUUAUUAUUAUCAUUAUUAUUAUUAUUAUUAUUAUUAUUAUUAUUAUUAUUAUUAUUAUUAUCAUUAGCUCAGUAUCGUCGGUUGGUCUUUCUUCAACAACGCAGACCCAUUGGUUCCCCAUGUGGUCAGAAGUGGUAUUACUACAAAAACGGGUUUAUCAGCUAGUUAGUCAUUUGCUGUAAUCGUAUUAUGUUAAUUGUCUUCUGGAAUUAAUGGUGUGUUGGAAAAAGGGGAUUUUCAUCCAUUUAAUGGAAACAUAUCAAUAUACGAUAAGCUUGUCAGAUUUUUUUUCGUCUAAUGUAUUUUCUUGAAUUAUUAUCCUACAACAAUUAAAUCCCUUCUAUAUUGUACUACAUUUCAUAAACGGUUUUACAUGUUGAUUUUGCAUAGUAAUAAGACAUAAAUGAAUUUACAUAAAAUGUAAUAGUUUUAAGGUUUCUCUUGGGGAACAGACAUGAGGGGGAUCGUCGACUCAGUUAAUCAUUGUUUUCUCUGUAACAACUGCAAAGCAUUUGUUUGGUGAUGGGUCAUUUCCGAAUGAAUAAAUAUAAUCACUUUCA